GCACCGGCAAGACUACUGUUCUUGUAUCCUAUAUAUUAGAGGCGAUUCAGAGACAUCAGAAGCUACUGGUGUGUGCACCUUCUAAUGUGGCAGUGGACAACCUCUUGGAACGUGUUACGGCGGUUGGUGGAAUAUCCAAUGUGGUCCGAAUAGGGCAUCCAGCUAGGGUUGAGAAGGGCCUUGAAAG